AUGGAAAUCGAAAUCCCUGCCAUCCAUCCGGCAGUUGCAGUCAAGGCCCCGAGAGAGCCUCUCAUCCUCAUCGAUGCUCCGACAUAUCCGCCCGAGGCAGGCGAGGUCAUUGUCAAGGUAGAAUGGACCUCCUCUACGCCCUAUCACCUGCACCAGGCGGACGGCGGCCUGCUGAUCGACAUGUUUCCCCGCAUACUAGGCGACACCUUCGCGGGGACGGUGCUCCUGGUAGGGCCCGGACCGCACCACGUCGACCUUGAGGUCGGGGACGAAGUUCUGGGGUACUCAUUCCGCGACAACAAGGACGGCAAGGAAAAGGCCGCUCAGACCCUCAUCACCGUCCCCACUUUCUUGCUGGGAAAGAUGCCCAAGGGACUGACGAUGCCGGAAGCCGUGACUGUGCCCGACAACAUCGUUACCGUAUUCCAGGCUGCCGUGGUUGAUCUCGGACUGCCGCUGCCAUGGCCUAUCCCGGAAGGGUGGACGCCUCCGGAAGCCGAUGCGCCGAUCUUGUUGUGGGGCGGGGCCGGAUCGGUCGGGAUGUACUCCAUCGAGGUGUUCCGGCACUGGGGAUACAAGAACCUCAUCGUGGUAGCGAGCGGGAAGCAUCACGAAUAUCUCGAAUCUUUGGGUGCGACGGCCUGCUUUGAUUAUCGAGACAAGAACGUCGUCCAGAGCAUCCGGGAUCACCUGGGCCCCAAGGGCGUACCUUAUGUUAUUGACUGCAUCGGGCACUUAUCAGGCUCACUCAAACCGAUUACGGAACUGGCGGAUCGAGGAACUAAGGUCGCCGUCAUGCUCCCUGUCGUCAUCAAGGACCCAUCCGAGAUCGAGGCUCCUGUCUAUCAAAUGACUGAGCCUGCUGAAGGGCAAUGGAAAGAAGGUGUUAUAGUGAAGGGCGUGAGAACACACUUCUAUCUCAAGAACCAACUGUUCAAGGACAAGAUGCAGAGUGAGAUAAUACCAUCGCUGCUGGAGCAGAAAGUGGUGCGGCCAAACCCACAAAGGAUAGUCGAGGGAGAUACACUACUGGAGCGGGCUCAAGAUGCUAUCGUGCUCAUGCGGAACAAGGCUGUGAGCGGCGAGAGGCUUGUUUGGAGAGUCUCAGAGAACGAGGCCGUUGCAUAG